AUGGAGGACAUUGAAGAUCUCUUUAAAAAUGAUAACUAGGAUACUGAAGAAAGAAUUCCUCAAUCAAAGAGAAAAAUUGUCAGAAAAUUCGGAGCUAAAAAGGAAAAAGAAGAAGAUUCUCAGACUGAGGGAGUAGUGAUAGAUGCAUCUAAGUUUAAAUCAAAGCAUGAUGAGUCAGCGAAAGAAGCUGAGGCAGAUGAGAGAGUUCCAGGAAGUCAAAAGGUAUUUGUUAAGACUUAUGGAUGCUCUCACAAUAUCUCAGACAGUGAAUAUAUGGCAGGGCUACUAGCUGAAUAUGGGUACUAGAUUGUUGAUAAUAUGGACGAAGCAGAUGCAUGCUUGAUAAAUUCAUGUACAGUAAAAAAUCCUUCCCAAGAGAAAUUUGUAAAUCUUGUUUAAUCAGCCAAAGGCAAAAAGAAACCAGUCAUAGUGUCAGGAUGUGUCCCCUAGGGCGAUAGAAAUAUUAAAGGUCUUGAGGAUGUCAGCGUUAUAGGAGUCACUUAGAUUGACAGAGUUGUUGAAGUUGUUGAAGAAGCACUUAAAGGCCAUAAUGUUAAAUUAUUAGCUAAAAAAGACUUGCCUAUUUUGGACUUACCUAAGAUUAGGAAAAAUUAAUUAAUCGAAAUUAUUCCUCUAUCAACUGGAUGUCUUGGUUCAUGUACUUAUUGCAAGACUAGACAUGCAAGAGGUAAACUGGGAUCAUAUGAUCCAAAUGCUAUUGUUGAGAGAGCAAGAAUGGCUAUUGAAGAGGGUGUAAUGGAAAUAUGGUUGACUUCUGAAGACACAGGAGCUUAUGGAAGAGAUAUUGGAACUAGCUUACCUGAAUUAUUGAGGAAUUUGAUCUCUGUAAUGCCAAAGCACACCAUGCUAAGAGUUGGAAUGACUAAUCCUCCAUAUAUUCUUGAGCAUUUGCAAGCAAUGGCUGAUAUUCUUAACCAUCCUAGAGUCUACUCCUUUUUGCAUGUUCCAGUCUAAUGUGGAAAUAAUAAUGUUUUGGAUAAAAUGAAUAGAGAAUAUUUGAUUGAAGAAUUUGAAGAGGUCUGUGAUUUUUUAAUUGAGAAUGUUCAGGAUAUGACUAUUGCUACCGAUAUUAUCUGCGGUUUCCCUACAGAGACUGAAGAGGAAUUUGUUGAUACCCUUAAACUAGUAGAGAAAUAUAAAUUCCCUGUUCUUAAUAUCUCCUAAUUCUAUCCAAGACCAGGAACAGUAGCAGCAAAAUGGAAGAAAGUUCCAAGUUAAGAUGUUAAGAAGAGAAGUAACGACUUGACAAAACUUUUCGACUCAUACUCAACAAACAAUCAUUUUAUUGGUACUGAAUAACUCGUUUGGAUUGUAGGCUUUGAUGACAGAAAGAAAGCUGCUCAAGAGGGAACAUUACCACAGUUAAUGGGUCAUACUAAAUCAUACACCAAGGUAGUGAUCAAUCAAGAUUCUGAGAGUUUAGCUGGCCAACCAGCAAAUUCAUUAAUUGGAAAAUGUGUGAAAAUUCACGUUACUGAGACUCAAAAAUGGCAUGUUACUGGCUAUAUCCUAGAUGCUAGCCCUUAAAUCCCAGAGGUGCCAGCAAACUAUUUCGAAAAACUAGAAAAACAGAGAAUUGAAUAAGAAGAACUCGCUUAGAAAGCAUAGAACAAAGCUUAAUAAAUUGAGGAAGAUAAUGUAGAAGAGGUAAUUGAGAAAAUAGUGGUAAAGUACAAUAAAAAUGAUAUCUUGAUGCAUUGCGCUGGAAUGGCAAUCUUUACUAUUGGUAUAUUUAUUAUUCUUAGAUCAAUGAUCAAUUGA